CAUCGGCUGCCUCUUCUACUCCCUCUCAAAACCCUUCGCCAAACCCUAGCAGCAGCAGAAGCAGCCAUGGCAACGGGGCAGGAACAGCUCGUCCUCCGCGGCACAAUGCGCGGCCACACCGACUGGGUGACGGCCAUCGCCGCCCCAAUCGACAACUCCGACACCAUCGUCACCUCCUCCCGCGACAAAUCCCUAAUCCUCUGGACCCUCACCAAGGACGACUCCUCCUUCGGCGUCGCCACCCGCCGCUUCACCGGCCACUCUCACUUCGUCCAGGACGUCGUCCUCUCCUCCGACGGCCAAUUCGCCCUCUCCGCCUCCUGGGACGCCGAGCUCCGCCUCUGGGACCUCCAGACCGGCGAAACCGCCCGCCGCUUCGUUGGCCACGCCAAGGACGUCCUCUCCGUCGCCUUCUCCGCCGACAACCGCCAGAUCGUCUCCGCCUCGCGCGACCGCACGAUCAAGCUCUGGAACACGCUCGGGGAGUGCAAGUACACCAUCCAGGAGGGCGAAUCCCACUCCGAUUGGGUCUCCUGCGUCCGAUUCUCCCCCGACAACAGCCAGCCCACCGUCGUCUCGGGCUCGUGGGAUAAGUCUGUCAAGGUCUGGAAUUUGACCAAUUGCAAGCUCCGCGCCACGCUGACUGGACACACUGGUUAUGUUAACACAGUGGUGGUGUCGCCGGAUGGAUCUCUGUGCGCGAGCGGGGGGAAGGAUGGUGUGAUUUUGCUUUGGGAUCUGUCGGAGGGGAAGAUGCUCUACUCGUUGGAGGCUGGCUCGAUUGUUAAUGCUCUCACAUUUAGCCCUAAUAGGUAUUGGCUGUGCGCUGCCACCGAGUCCGGUAUCAAAAUUUGGGAUUUGGAGAGCAAGAGUGUUGUUGCGGACCUGAAGGUGGAUUUGAAGCAUGAGAGUGAACUGGCCAGAGAUGAUGCUGGGCAAUCAUGCAAAAAUAAGGUCAUAUACUGCACCAGUCUUGGCUGGAAAGCUGAUGGAAGCACCCUUUUCAGUGGUUACACCGAUGGCGUCAUCCGAGUUUGGGGUAUCGGCGGCCGAUACUAGGAAUGAGAUACUCAUAAUUGUGUGGAAAUAUUUUGACUAUGUUUUUUGAUCAUUUGGGAUUUUGCCAAUUCUAGCUUCAUAUACACAUAAUUAUGUCUGGAUUUUUUUCUGUGUCUACUCAUGUUUGAGUUUUUAUAAUAUGUGCUCUGAAGGAUUCA